AUGGUUAACACAAAGACGACACCUCGGAGGGCAAAGGAAAUAUGUCCUGUGUGUUUUGUUGAACUGGAUGGUAAGGACGCAUGGUCCGAACAUGUGCUGAGCUGUGCAAGCAGUAUGAUGGUAUGCAAAGCCUGUCAUGUAUCCUUUAAGAAGAAGGAGUAUCUGCAGAAACACAUGCGGACAAAGCAUCCCGAUGCCCCUUCCUCAACGCAUAAGGACACAAGUCAUGAUCAGGAAGACGACAGUGACUGGGACGUGGAUCCCGAAGUUCAACUCGGCGAGAUUCGGACUGAACUCGCAGACAAAGAGAUGGAAGCUUUACCAUCAACCUCUCAGGAUGACUUCAUCUCAGGAAGAGUGAUUCGAAAAAGAACAGCGCCAAGUCCAGUGUUUUCGUCUAAACGAACCAACCUUGGCCUUGUUGAAGAAACCGUGUCGAAGAAAAGUGUGGAGUUUGGGAUUCAAACUGACAACCUGGAUCCUGUCCUAUCCAAGAUCAUGGUAGAUGAAUCUACUCAAACAGAGGGCUAUCAUCGCAGAGUGAAGGAGAUCACCAUCACCAAAUACCAUGAAAAUGGGCAGAAAAUUAAGAGAAUCAAAGAAAGUGAAGAACUGUUUGAUUUGUAG